CGUGACAAUGCAUGCAUCCUUUGCAAUACUGUGCUGCGAUGGUGUUCCAAUCAAAAAUACAAUCCACAACGCACAGCAAGCAUACCAUAAMUUGCACGGCUCUUUUUUUCAAGCCGUGAUGGACCGAUCUCUCCUGYGUAUGAACAUGCGAUCCAUACAAGGCACGUGCUAUGCUUGCUCGUUCAUUCCAGCUCGGGCAUUCGUUUUAGAUCCCGCACCAUGUUUUUGUGGUGGGAUUCAUUGGUGCCGCCACCGAUCUCGAGCAGUUUCGCGUCGCGCCAGAGCCGCUCGACAUUGUAUUCCCCCACGUACCCGUAUCCACCAAGUACCUGGAUAGCGCGAUCGGCGAUCGUCUUGGCCAUUGGGGCACAGUACAGCUUGGUUCCGUCCGCAUCCAAUCCGUUGCCGUACGAGUUUAGGUCUAGGGAUCGCGCCAGUGCAUAGACGUAGGAUCUGCCUGCCAUGUAUUCGGCAUAGGAGGUGGAAAUGGCCGAUUGGAUCUGUCCAAAGUCUACUAGGGGCUUUCCAAAGGCUCUGCGUUCGUGUGUGGCGUAAUGGGUCAUGACGUUGAUGCAGCGCCGGGCAAUCCCAAGAGCCAUGGCCGCCAGCCCGAUCCGUUCGAUUUCUAGGUUCCGCAUCAUGCACAGGGUCGCACCGUUCACUUCUCCAAUUAUGUUUUCUGGUGGGAUGGGGACGUCGUCAAAGACRAGUUCCGCAGUGGGCUGUUUGCAGCAAUGCGAGAAAUAAAGAACGAAUUGGGUUCGCAGYCAUGGSUAAAUGAAUAAGCUACAGAAAGUCUACUACACCGAACUGCUCAAGCAAGUAAUACUAGUGAAUCGUACAUGAACGUACCGAAGCCCGCAUUCCCAGCUUGUCCUCGAUUUUCUGGCCCACGGAGAAUCCCGGCAUGUCCUUUUCCACCACGAAACUGGUCACGUCGCUUCGAUUCGGUCCGGUGCGGGCGUAUACCAAGAACAAAUCCCCCGUCGUCUUGCCACCGUCGAGCGUGCCAUUGGUGAUCCACAUUUUUCGGCCGGUGAGGUGCCACGACCCCGUCGAUUCGUCCCGCACAGCCUUGGAGGACAUACCCAGAACAUCGGUUCCUGCCGUGAGGUCGGUUUUCGUUUGAAAGAAUGCAGCGUUGUAUUGGAGUCAAUUCGUUGAWUGGAUUGUUCGUCGUUGGAUUGAUUUGGAUUUAGAUUGUAUCGAGUCACGAAAAAUAUGUGAGUCACCACRUACUAAAGAAUUGCCMGCGGCAGAUUAUGCCUGUGUCCUUCCGAUGCAACAGAAGACCUACAGAGUCCUUGUACRUCACAGUACAUACCUGCAUUGGGCUCGCUCAUUCCCAUCCCCCCAAUUUGUUCCCCCGUCACAAUGGAAGGCAAGAACCUCUCUUUUUGCUCCUUUGAUCCGUUGACGCUCAGGUUGUUGACCAGCAGGAGGGAGUGCGCCAGGUAGCUCAGGCAUAACCCGGGGUCGCCGUAGGAGAGUUCCUCGUGCACCAGAGCAACGGCGGAGGCAUCGAGGCCCGCCCCGCCGUAUUCCUCCCCCGCCGUCAGCCCGAGCAAGCCCAGGUCCCCCAGCUGCUGGAGCAGAGRGAGAUUGAGGGYCUCGGUCCGAUCGAACUCCAGUGCCUGCGGUUCGACCUCGUUCUUCACAAAAUCCCGCAGCAUUGUUCGCAGCUGGGCGUGGGUUUCGGUCGGAUUGAAAAAGUCCCCCAUGGACGACGACGAGGCCAGAGACGUGGAAGAAAAACCCCGGCUGCACGUACCCCCAGUGCCGAGCGAAGAGGGACGAGCAAUGCGGGCGUCGCGGGGUCGCUGUGCCAUGACAGAACACCGGCGAACGGAAUGUCUCAAAAGAGAUACGUGCUUGCUAGUGUGUGGCAGCUUUAGAAUAUUCAUAGUCAUAUUCAGAAGAAAUAUAGUGAUGGAACACGACAAUUAAUUCGAAUCUCGUUU